AUGAUAACAGAUAUAUGUGUGUACAGUGUACAGUGUAAUUUGGACUAUCAGAUAUAUCAACAAGUUUUUCUCUCUCUGAAAAACUUCCUCGGCAGAAAGGAAAAAAGUCGAAGCAUCUUCCGCUAUCAGCUAAUAGCCAAAUAUUGCCGAUAUAAUCCCAUAGGUUCAACAGAAUGGGUUGAAGAGAACAGACAAAUGUUGGCAUCGAGGGCAGUGACUUACUUGAAUCUUGAUGUUGCAGUUGCUGGACCUCAAAUACUUCCCCCCUCUGCAACUCCUCAGCUUGAUGAUCUGCUUGCAGAAGCUGCUAAGCAGGUAUAA